AUGGCCACACUGGGUCCUAGAUUACCUCCGGCCGCCUCCCCGGCUACCGACACGCUCACUCCAAGACCGCCGGUGAGGUCGUGCAACAUGAUGUUCGACAAGCGGAUCUUACGGGGUGUUCCCUUUAAGCUGCUAAAGGAGCAGGAAAGCCCCCUUGCCUCAUCCUCAUCUGUUUUCUCGCGCGAUAAGCUCAUGCGGGCUCAGCGCACUUCAGCGCAGGCUUCGCUUUUGAAGCAAAAGCAAAAACAUCAGCGGCAGCCGCAACAACGAACAAUGCGGGGCGCAACAGUUGUGCCCUCUUUUCCCGUGGAUGGUGGGAAGGAGAUAGGCUUGCAGACCGAUCCGCACAUCGUGACGCUUACAGCAGUAACGAAGGAGGCAGAUGCAUCAGCACAAACAGACGCAAUACGGGAUCGCCCUAUGUCUCCUCUUCUCGCCCUUAGAGCUGAACUUGUAGACGCUCACACUCAAAUACAGGACGGCGAGCUAUUCAACUUUGACGAGGAAGUGGUGCCAGUGCUGGAGGUCCUAAUUGGGCGUGUGAUAGAGCAGAGCCUUAGCGAGGUAGUGCAAGAAGAGGAGCUAACUGCCAUCCAGCAACAGCGUGAGGCCUUCGAACGAGAGAGAUUGCAGCAAAUAAUCGCCGUUCAGGCCCUGGAGGCAGCGACGCAAAGACGCCAGCAAGAAGCCGCCAGGCGAGUGGCAGAAGCAGCUGCGCACGUCAAAUUGGAGCAGUUUGCAGCACAGAAGAGAGACGCCGUGGCCUUUGCAAAAAAAUUGCUUAAGGGCUCAGAUGCGGCACUGCUAGAGGAGUUGAGGGAGGAAGGGCUCUUUCUCGCUCCUAGCACGGUGAGCUGCCGGUGUGAAGGCAUAUUUCAGACUGACAUGUGCGGCUACUAUAUUUGGCGAGCUGGAACAGCCGACCGUAAAGUACAAACACUGGCAUGGAGAGUCACAGCACACAGCAGAAUAUACGCCCUAUGUAUGUUAUGUAUUUGCCGCAGUGGAGAUAUCCGCCUGGCCACAGAUCCUACCGAAGGCAAUCCAUCUGGUACACACUCUCAAUCUAAGCCCCAGGCAGAAUGUUUGUUUACCUUGAUACAUUGCUGGUGUCAAAAUCUUUUGCUGCGCGUCUACACGGCUAUUAACGGCCCUGAGCUGUCAAUAGCAAGAACACUCCUUAAACCCAAAGCCGUGUAUCUUAGGCACUUUGAAUGGGUGUGCUUUACAGGCGUUGCUAAUGCCGCGUUAUCCCCUGUGGUCGCUGUGAUGAGCGACCUCGUUACAGCGUACACAUUGCACCGUGAACCUCAAGCCCCACGCCCGAAGCCUAGCAUGGAACCCUAA